AUGGGCUUUGUUGUUCGGCACCAUCGCUGUGCACGAGCUCCGAGCAUGGCGGUGGAACUCAAACUACUGUUGCCACAGGUGGCUAUUAUAGGACAGCAUUUUGGAAGCAAUGGAAUGGAAAGAAUACAUGGUGUUCUGUCCUGGAUUUGUUAAUGUGUGUUGUAAUGCCAUUGGAUGCAAAAUCCUGCCUGCAUGUUGGAAUACAAUAACCUCCAAUAGCUUCAUGUGUUUAUUAUCAUAAAUUGUCCGUCUGUGUGUGUGUGUGUGUGUGGUGUGUGUGUGUGUGUGUGUGUGUGUGUGUGUGUGUGUGUGUGUGUGUGUGUGUGUGCCGAAACUGAAUUGUUGGUUCAGUCAUGCAAUAAAUACAGUGUUUGGGAUUACUGUAAUAUAGCCUAAAUUGUGCAACUUUCUCAAGUUACAAUUAUUUUGUCUGCACCUUGUUGCAUUUUCUUAUCAGCUCCGACCCCAUUACCAUAGAACUAAAAAGGAUUGUAGUCAUGGGGUUCUAGUAUGGCUGUUAUGUGCAAUAGCAACAUUCUCUCCAUUAAGGACUUUUAACUAAAUCAUUUUCAGGAGGGUUUGGGCUGUUUUCUCACCAGUUAACUGUACAAUUCUACCUGUAACAAAGGUGAACAAGUCAGGCAUAUUUGACAAUAAGCCAUCAACAAGCUAGCCAUCUGCUACAAACACAGGAAUGAACUCUAUACGCCCUACCAACUUGGCACAGACGUCAAUUCAACAUCUAUUCCACAUUGGUUCAACGUAAUUUAAUUGAAAUGACGUGGAAACAACAUUGAUUCAACCUGUGUGUGCCCAGUGGGAAGUGUAUAAAAAGAAAACAAAUGAGCUCCCCAAACCUUAAGAUAUCUUCUAUGUCUGUGCCUUACAGCCUUAUAUCACCACUAAAAUCCAAUACAGCCUCCACUGGGACUCUCCAGGGAGAAGCCAUCACAUCUAUGAGCCUUUAAAUGAUGUUAAAUGGACAUGGAAGCACUCUCCACUGAUCCAUCCCCAGUAUAGUGCAACUGCAGCUCCAUCCAUCUCAUAUGGUCAUUAUGAGAGGGGCUGGGCGGACACGUGGAUAUGAAAGGAUCCAUUAUGAUUCACCGGUGAAGAGGAGUGAGUGGACCUGGAGGGUGUCUGAUCAACAGUAGACAAAUGGGGAGUUAAAGUCUGCAGGGUCCCUUGUGGCCCCCCAGGUGCAGGCGUCCAUAUUGGAUGGAUCAUUCUAAGGUACAUACAGAAGACAAAAUUAUAUUUGGUUAACAGAUGGGGUAUUAAUAUCAACCUCAAACAGGAGAACAUGUCAUAUAGGCUUUUACAGACACACAGACAGAGAUGCAUGCACACACACACACAGAUGGGGACUUUAGAUUACAUAAUAACAACACACACUUCUGCUGAAGAGGCCUCGUUGAGAUAAAACAAAGCAAAUUUUCACUUGAAAAAGAAGAACAAGUCUUCCCUGUUUUUCACACUGUGACUAUCUAGCUCCACUGGGCACCUUUUUAAUCUCAAAUUGACAGAUUGGUUUAAUCACUUGGAUAUUUGUGUUGAAUUCAAGAUACAUUUCCAGCUCUUCCAUACUAAAUCAGACAAUUUCUUCAAUUUAUCUGAGCUUUCCUCAACAUUGUACAUUUCUCACUGAUAACAUAGUCCAUUUCUGGUAUGGCUGUUGCAUAACUUAACAAACUAUUGAGCGGCUUAUUAAUGUGUGAGAUGAGGCCUAAUCCCUGACAUGUUGAAGCGUAAAACCACAACUUGAAGUGGAUUGAAGAUGUUAAGGUGAAUCAGCGCUAAACAAUAAAGUGCUGUAUAUCCCCUAAAGAGCUGCAUACUAUAGAAAAACAUGAAGAGGGGAUAAACUAUUAAACUUUACAACUAUUUCAAGUUUAAACUUAAGUUAGUUGGCUAAAAUGUGUUUUACUAAAACACAGUUUAGCUAGCUAACUUUAGCUUGCAUCACAUUUAGUAUUUAAUAAAUUAUCUGUCAACUAGAUUUUGCUGCUCUAAGAGCAGUUUGAGUCAACUUGGUCUUCUGCUGCUCUAAGAGCAGAACUGUCAGUACUGGCCUCAACACAGUCAGUAAUCCAUAUUCCUUUUUCCCCAUUUUCCCACAUUCUUUUAUUCCCUUUUAAUGAUGUGUGUACUUGUGACCCAUGUGAAAUGCACUUAAAAUAAUCUCUGACUUCAGUACUAACAUAUCACUUUUUGCUUAACUGUAAAACAUUAAUGAUUGAAUUGGUGAAGAUCAGAUGAUGUAUGUUGGGUUGUCUUUUUGCUCCUAGGCGUGUAACGAGCUGGGUCAGAUCUGGAUGGAGUCAGGUGUGAGAGAGAAUGCAGUGCCUGGACACAUCCAGCUCAUCAUACCAAUUGGAGACCGCCUGCUUCACAGUAUGUCACAACACACACACUUACGCUAUAAGCAGUUGUUUUCUAUUUAUUCUAAAUAAAUGUCUGUAGACUCGUAACACAAGAUUUGGUGGCCUGUGUGGUUAGUGCCGCAGACCCUGGCACACAUGUAUGGCCUAGUCUACUAGAGCCUGCAUCAGUUCGAAUCCGACCAACUGCCCUUCUCUGGCAACCUGUCCUACUGUUCAUGUCUUCUUUUCCCUCUCCUUUACCAUCAUUUCAAUAAAAUAAAUAAAACCCACAAAUAUACACUCAGUGGCCAGGUUAUUAGGUACACAAAUCUAGUACCGGGUCGGACCCCCCUUUGCCUCCAGAACAGCCUGAAUUCUUCGGGGCAUGGAUUCUACAAGGUGUAGCAUUCAAAUGUUGCUCAAUUGGUCUCAAGGGACAAUGUUUUUCCACUCCUCAAUUGUCCUGUGUUGGUGAUCGUGUUCCCACUAGAGCCGCUUCUUCUUGUUUUUAGCUGAUAGGAGUGGAACCCAGUGUGGUCAUCUGCUGCAAUUGCCCAUCCGUGACAAGGACCGACAGGUUUUGUGUUACGAGAUGCCGUUCUGCACACCACUGUAGUACUGCUCCAUUAUUUUCCUGUUUUUGGCCCUCCUGCUAGCUUGAACGAUUUUUGCAAUUGUCCUUCGACCUCUCCCAUCAACGAGCUGUUUUCGCCCACAGGACUGCCACUGACUGAAUGUUUUUUGUUUGUCAAAGCAUUCUCGGUAAACUCUAGACACUGGCAUGCGUGAAAAGCCCAGGAGUCCGGAUGUUUCUGAAGUACUGGAACCGGCAUGACUGGCACCGACAAUCAGGCCUUAGGUCACUCGUUUUGCCCAUGCUAACGUUCAAUUGAACAAUAACUGAGUGCCUCGAUGCGUGUCUGCCUGCUUUAUAAAGCAAGCCACAGCCACCUGACAAACUGUCUGUAAGAGAGAACCAUUUUCGUGAAUGGGGUGGUGUACCUACUAUAUAUACGUGUGUGUGUAUAUACAGUGGGGAAAAAAGUAUUUAGUCAGCCACCAAUUGUGCAAGUUCUCCCACUUAAAAAGAUGAGAGAGUCCUGUAAUUUUCAUCAUAGGUACACGUCAACUAUGACAGACAAAAUGAGAAAAAAAUUCCAGAAAAUCACAUUGUAGGAUUUUUAAUGAAUUAAUUUGCAAAUGAUGGUGGAAAAUAAGUAUUUGGUCAAUAACAAAAGUUUCUCAAUACUUUGUUAUAUACCCUUUGUUGGCAAUGACACAGGUCAAACGUUUUCUGUAAGUCUUCACAAGGUUUUCAACACACUGUUGAUGGUAUUUUGGCCCAUUCCUCCAUGCAGAUCUCCUCUAUAGCAGUGAUGUUUUGGGGCUGUCGCUGGGCAACACGGACUUUCAACUCCCUCCAAAGAUUUUCUAUGGGGUUGAGAUCUGGAGACUGGCUAGGUCACUCCAGGACCUUGAAAUGCUUCUUACGAAGCCACUCCUUCGUUGCCCGGGAGGUGUGUUUGGGAUCAUUGUCAUGCUAAAAGACCCAGCCACGUUUCAUCUUCAAUGCCCUUGCUGAUGGAAGGAGGUUUUCACUCAAAAUCUCACGAUACAUGGCCCCAUUCAUUCUUUCCUUUACACGGAUCAGUCGUCCUGGUCCCUUUGCAGAAAAACAGCCCCAAAGCAUGAAGUUUCCACCCCCAUGGUUCACAGUAGGUAUGGUGUUCUUUGGAUGCAACUCAGCAUUCUUUGUCCUCCAAACACGAUGAGUUGAGUUUUUACCAAAAAGUUAUAUUUUGGUUUCAUCUGACCAUAUGACAUUCUCCCAAUCCUCUUCUGGAUCAUCCAAAUGCACUCUAGCAAACUUCAGACGGGCCUGGACAUGUACUGGCUUAAGCAGGGGGACACGUCUGGCAAUGCAGGAUUUGAGUCCCUGGCGGAGUAGUGUGUUACUGAUGGUAGGCUUUGUUACUUUGGUCCCAGCUCUCUGCAGGUCAUUCACUAGGUCCCCCGUGUGGUUCUGGGAUUUUUGCUCACCGUUCUUGUGAUCAUUUUGACCCCACGGGGUGAGAUCUUGCGUGGAGCCCCAGAUCGAGGGAGAUUAUCAGUGGUCUUGUAUGUCUUCCAUUUCCUAAUAAUUGCUCCCACAGUUGAUUUCUUCAAACCAAGCUGCUUACCUAUUGCAGAUUCAGUCUUCCCAGCCUGGUGCAGGUCUACAAUUUUGUUUCUGGUGUCCUUUGACAGCUCUUUGGUAUUGACCAUAGUGGAGUUUGGAGUGUGACUGUUUGAGGUUGUGGACAGGUGUAUUUUAUACUGAUAACAAGUUCAAACAGGUGCCAUUAAUACAGGUAACGAGUGGAGGACAGAGGAGCCUCUUAAAGAAGAAGUUACAGGUCUGUGAGAGCCAGAAAUCUUGCUUGUUUGUAGGUGACCAAAUACUUAUUUUCCACCAUAAUUUGCAAAUAAAUUCAUAAAAAAUCCUACAAUGUGAUUUUCUGGAUUUUUUUUUCUCAUUUUGUCUGUCAUAGUUGACGUGUACCUAUGAUGAAAAUUACAGGCCUCUCUCAUCUUUUUAAGUGGGAGAACUUGCACAAUUGGUGGCUGACUAAAAACUUUUUUUCCCCACUGUAUAUGCAUAUAUAUUUACAUGAAUUGCUUUACCACAUUUUUGCAGUAUUACUUUAGUGCCUUGUUGCAAACCGGAUGAAUGUUAUGGAAUAGUUGUAUACUGUAUAGGCUUCCUUCUUUUAACUCUGUCAAUUAGGUUAGUAUAGUAGAGUAACUACAAUCUUGUUUAUCCAUCCUCAGUUUUCUCCUAUCACAGCCAUAAAAUAUGUAACUGUUUUAAAGUCACCAUUGGCCUUAUGGUGAAAUCCCUGAGCGGUUUCCUUCCUCUCCGGCAACUGAGUUAGGAAGGACGCCUGUAUCUUUGCAGUGACUGGGUGUGACUUGAUACACCAUACAAAGUGUAAUUAAUAACUUCACUAUGCUCACAGGGAUAUUCAACGUCUGCUUUUUUUUUUUACCCAUCUACCAAUAGGUGUCCGUCUUUGCGAGGCAUUGGAAAAUCUCCCUGGUCUUUGUGGUUGAAUCUGUGUUUGAAAUUCACUGCUUGACUGAGGGACUUUACAGAUAAUUGUAUGUGUGGUACAGAGAUGAAAAACAUAAUUCCACUUAAUGGGGUAUUGUGUGUAGGCCAAUGAAAAAAAUGACAAUUUAAUCAAUUUUGAAUUUAGUCGAAAAAGUAAAGGGGUGUGAAUACUUUCUGAAGGCACUGAACUUAACAUUUAAUUUCGAAUUCCUUAAUUGUUUGAAACCUGGACGUUUUACUUCAUAUUAUGAGGCAUGUCUUACCUUGCUUUAAAGUAGCCUAUAUCGAAAAUCCCACCAUAGAAACGUGGAGGCAAUUAUUCUUAUGAAGACGUACUCAUACAGUGCUUUCGGAAAAUAUUUUGUUAGGUUACAGACUUAUUCUAAAAUGUAUUACAUUGGGGUUUUUACUAAUCAAUCUACACACAAUACCCCAUAAUAACAUUGCAAAAAAAGGUUUCUAGAAAUGUUUGCUAAUUUAUUAAAUAAAAAAAACAGAAGGAAAUAUCAGAUUUACAGAGGUAUUUAGACCCUUUACUCAGUACUUUGUUGAAUCACCUUUGGCAGCAAUUACAGCCUCGAGUCUUCUUGGUUAUGACUCUACAAGCUUGGCACACCUGUAUUUGUGGAGUUUCUCCCAUUCUUCUCUGCAGAUCCUCUCAAGCUCUGUCAGGUUGGAUGGGGAGUGUUGAUGCACAGCUAUUUUCAGAUCUCUCCAGAGAUGUUUAUUCGGGUUCAAGUCCGAGCUCAGGUUGGGCACUCAAGGACAUUCAUACACUUGUCCCGAAGCCACUCCUGCGUUGUCUUGGCUGUGUGCUUAGGGUCAUUGUCCUGUUGGAAGGUGAGCCUUCGCCCCAGUGUGAGGACCUGAGCGCUCUGGAGCAAGUUUUCAUCAAGAAUCUCUCUGUACUUUGCUCCAUUCAUCUUUGUCACGAUCCUGACUAGUCUCCCUACCACAGAAAAACAUCCCCACAGCAUGAUGCUGCCACCACCAUGCUUCACCGUAGGGAUGGUGCCAGAUUUCCUACAGACGUGACGCUUGACAUUCAGGUCAAAGAGUUCAAUCUUGAUUUCAUCAGACCAGAGAAUCUUGUUUCUCAUGGUCUGAGAGUCUUUAGUUGCCUUUUGGCAAACUCCAAGUGGGCUGUCGUGCCUUUUACUGAGGAGUGGCUUCCGUCUGGUCACUCUGCCAUAAAGGCCUGAUUGGUGGAGUGCUGCAGAGAUGGCUGUCCUUCUGGAAGGUUCUCCCAUCUCCACAAAGGAACUCCAGAGCUCUGUCAGAGUGACCAUCGGGUUCUUGGUCACCUUCCUGACCAAGGCCCUUCUCCCCCGAUUGCUCAGUUUGGCCGGGUGGCCAGCUCUAGGAAGAGUCUUGGUGGUUCCAAACUUCUUCCAUUUAGGAAUGAUGGAGGCCACUGUGUUCUUGGGGACCUUCAAUGCUGCAGAAAUGUGUUGGUACCCUUCCCCAGAUCUGUGCCUCGACACAAUCCUGUCACAGAGCUCUACGGACAAUUCCUUCGACCUCAUUGCUUGGUUUUUGCUCCAACAUGCACUGUCAAAGGUGGGACCUUAUAUAGACAGGUGUGUGCCUUUCCAAAUCAUGUCCAAUCAAAUUAAUUUACCACAAGUGGACUCCAAUCAUGUUGUAGAAACAUCUCAAGGAUGAUCAAUGGAAACAGGAUGCACCUGAGCUCAAUUUCUAGUCUUAUAUCAAAGGGUCUGAAUACUUAUGUAAAUAUAGUAUUUCUGUUUUUUAUUUUUUCUACAUUUGCAAAAAAAUUCUAACAGCCUGUUUUCGCUUUGUCAUUAUGGGGUAUUGUGUGUUGAUUGAUGAUGAUUAUUUUUGUAAAUCCAUUUUAGAAUAAGGCUGUAACGUAACAAAAUGUGGAAAAAGUCAAGGGGUCGGAACACUUUCCGAAGGCAUUGUAUGCUUUCUCCUGUUCUUUCAUUGUCUAGCAUCCAAAGGUAUUAUCCUAGUCAUAUUAGCAACCCAUGAUAAUUGUUUCAUAUUUAAAUCCCCCCUACAUUUUUGUGUAUGGGUGGUCCCGGGGAUCGAACCCACUACCUUGGCGUUACAAGCGCUGUGCUCUACCAGCUGAGCUACAGAGGACCACCAUGGGCGUGGUGGCAGGGAUCCUGCUCCAAAAUGUUCUCUUCUUGUUCUCUCUGAAUAACAUUGGUUUGGAUCUGAGCUGAUCCCUGGGUCAUGUUCAUUAGGCACCAAACUGAAGAAAACUGACUAAAGUAGGGAGACACAACCUGAACUUGUCCAAUAAGAAACACUUGUUUUUGUUUUCUGUUACUUGUACUGUAUAUAACUUAUAUAGGCUGUAAUGGCUGUAAUGGAAUAAAUGGAACAGUAUCAAACAUAUGUAAACCACGUUUGACUCCGUUCCUUUAAUUCCAUUCCAGCCAUUACAUUGAGCCCGUCUUCCUCUAGCUCCUGCCACCAGCCUCCAUAUAUAUAUAUAUAUAUAUAAACACAAGUUACUGCUAUAGAGAUUAAGAAGAUGUCGGUGAGUUUUCAGUGCUUUGCAGUGUACUAAUCUCUUUGUCCCAGUGCACUCCUCCCCUGGUGGUGGUGAACAACAUUGAUGUGAAGACAGGGGUGUGUGCUGCCAGCAUACCUACCACCAUUGGCGUGGUGGCAGGAAUCCUGGUCCAAAAUGUCCUAAAGUAAGAUCUGAAUUACAUUAGUUUGAUCUGAGCCCUGGGUUCCGCACCAAGCGGAAGAAACCUGACUAAAACAGGGAGACUACCUGAACUUCUCCAAUAAGAAAUACUUUUUUUUUGUUUUUUGUGAAAUGUUUUGCUACGGUUAUCCCUAAUGAAUACGACCCAUGCAGAGUUUCCUAUGAAUAUAUCCUUACAGUGGUUUGUGGUCCUCUAACAGGUACCUGUUGAAGUUUGGCACGGUCAGCCACUACCUGGGCUACAAUGCUAUGCAGGACUUCUUCCCCACUAUGGCCAUGAAGGCCAACACCACAUGUGAUGACCGCCACUGCAGGGAACAGCAGGACGACUAUAAACUAACCAAGGCUCUCUCUCUCUCUGUUUCUGUCUCUGCCAGUCUCUGUGUUUUCCUGUCUCUCUCUCUUUUUUUUAUCCUCUUUGUCUCUUUAUCUCUCUCUCUCCCUGCCUCUCCCUCGCCCAUCAUGACCUGGGGUGUGUGAGGGGACGUAUAUGACCAAGUACAGUUGUAAUUAACAGUGGUGUGUGCUUGACAUUGAUUGUCACGUAGGCCACAUGAUAGAAGCUCCAUGGAAAGUGUCACCAAUGUUUUUUACCACAUGAUUUUCUGAUUUCCACUCACUCAUGUUUUGGAUCAGGUUCUGGUGUUAAUGGUGUCCCUCCCUACUGUCUUUUCCAGGGCAGCCAAGGUGUUCCUGACCAGUUCUCUGGAGAUGUGUCAGCGUGUGUUGUGGCAGGACCACCCGGACUGUGCCCAGUCCCUCAACAACCAAGCUGCGAUCCACAUUGAGAGGAGGGAGUACGAGACUGAAGAGAUGUAUGAGAGAGCCCUGGACGUCAGGAUGAGAGCCCUGUCCUCUGACCACCCUUCUCUGGCCUACACCCUGAAACACCUGGCUAUGCUCUAUAAAAGCUGGGUAGGUUGAGCUGCGACGUUUCUAACCAAACCAUCACAGGGCUGUUGUAUAUAAUCUUAUUAGGCCAACAUUUUAAAUGACAAGUUCUCUUUUUUACAACCAUGUAAAUGGCAUGUUAUAGAAGUGUACAGACAGUUUUUUUAGAAACUUACCCCAACCAGCGAUACACUUCCUCAUCCUCGUUGUGCAGUAUGGAGGUGCCGGAAAAACAUAAACAAAGGCUCCCAAAACAGAUAGAUGGCAAUAAAAACUGUAACAUAGAGGCUCCGAAUAAAUUAGAGGAAAAACAAAAAGAAAUGGAAAAACUUAUUCAAGAAAGAUCAAGUGUAAUAUAUUAUAAAAAUAAAGCAAACUGGAUGGAAUAUGGGGAAAAAUGCACAAAAUUCUUUUUUAAUCUUCAACAUAGGAAUGCUACCAAAAAGAACUUAAUGAAACUCGUUACAAUUGACGGAGUCACCCAUAAUUCACCAAAUGAUAUUUUGAAGGAAGAAACAAAGUACUUUAAGCAUAUGUUUUCUUUUCAGUCGCCUCCAUCUCCUCUAACUGAAGCUAAUUGUAGAGAUUUUUUUCUAUUGAUAAUGUCAAAUUAACAGCCACACAGAAAGACUCAUGUGAAGGUGAAAUUACAGAGGAGGAACUUCUGGAUGCAAUUAAAGACUUUAAGUCCGGGAAAACUCCAGGGUUGGAUGGCAUACCAAUCGAGGUAUACCAAACCUUUUUUGAUAUACUAAGAGGACCGUUAUUAGCAUGUUUUAACCACUCCUAUGUAAAUGGUAGAUUAUCUGACACUCAAGAAGAAGGUCUGAUCUCAUUAUUACUGAAACAGGAUACAAGUGGAAAAUAUAAAGAUCCAGUCCAUUUACAAAAUUGGAGGCCCCUUACACUUCAGUGUUGUGAUGCAAAAAUCCUAGCAAAAUGUAUAGCGCAUAGAAUUAAAAAGGUAUUGUCGAAUAUUAUUCAUUCUAAUCAGACAGGUUUUUUACAUGGAAGAUACAUUCGAGAUAAUAUAAGGCAAGUAUUGGAAACAAUAGAACACUAUGGAAAAUAUGGGAAACCAGGCCUGCUAUUCAUAGCAGACUUCGAAAAGGCAUUUGAUAAAGUUCGACUGGGGUUUAUAUAUAAAUGCCUGGAGCAUUUCAAUUUUGGAGAAUCUCUUAUAAAAUGGGUCAAAAUCAUGUAUAGUAACCCUAGGUGUAAAAUAGUAAAUAAUGGCUAUUUCUCAGAAAGUUUUAAACUGUCAAGAGGAGUGAAACAAGGUUGUCCACUAUCGGCAUAUCUAUUUAUUGUGGCCAUCGAGAUGUUAGCUAUUAAAAUCAGAUCCAAUAAUAAUAUCAGAGGAUUAGAAAUACAGGGCUUAAAAACAAAGGUGUCAUUGUACGCAGAUGAUUCAUGUUUUCUUUUAGAUCCACAACUAGAAUCCCUCCACAGCCUCAUAGAGGAUCUAGAUACAUUUUCUAACCUCUCUGGAUUAAAACCAAAUUAUGACAAAUGUACUAUAUUACGUAUUGGAUCAAUAAAAAAUACAAUUUUUACAUUACCAUGUAGUUUACCAAUAAAAUGGUCUGAUGGUGAUGUGGAUAUACUCAGAAUACAUAUCCCAAAGGAAAUAAAUGAUCUCACUUCAAUAAAUUUUAAUAGAAAGUUAGCAAAAAUAGAUAAGAUCUUACUACCAUGGAAAGGAAAAUACCUGUCAAUUUGUGGAAAAAUCACCCUGAUUAACUCUUUAGUAUUAUCCCAGUUUACCUAUUUGCUUAUGGUCUUGCCUACGCCUAGCAAACAGUUUUUUAAAUUAUAUGAGAAAAAAAUAUUCAAUUUUAUUUGGAACGGCAAGCCAGACAAAAUUAAAAGAGCAUAUUUAUAUAAUGAAUAUGAAUUCGGAGGACAUAAAUUAUUAAAUAUUAAAGCAUUAGACCUAUCACUAAAAUCUUCAGUCAUCCAAAAGUUAUAUUUAAAUCCGAACUGGUUCUCAAGCAAAUUAGUAAGAUUGUCUCACCCAAUGUUCAAGAAAGGCCUUUUUCCCUUUAUUCAGAUUACAACCUCUCACUUUCAGUUAUUUGAAAAGGAAAUAAUCUCCCAAAUGUCACUAUUUCUAAAACAAGCCAUAGAAAGUUGGUUGCAAUUUCAAUUUAAUCCUCCAGAAACGACAGAACAAAUAAUGCAACAAAUAUUGUGGUUACAUUCAAAUAUACUAAUUGACAAAAAACCUUUAUUUUUUGACAGAAUGUUUAAAAAAGGUAUAAUCUUCGUAAAUGAUAUCAUCGGUAGGACUGGUGGAGUUAUGUCGCACAUGCAGCUAACAAAAACAUAUGGAAAUGUCUGCUCUACCCAAAAUUACAACCAAAUAAUUGCAGCCUUACCGCAAAAGUGGAAGAGGAAAGUUGAAGGGGGAGAAAGUAAGGAACUUGUCUGUCGGCCUUGCAUUAAAGAACAUAAUUGGUUAAGGAAAACUGUGAUAAAUAAAAAAGUAUAUCAGUUUGACUUAAGGACCAAAGGAUUGACAGCCGUCCCAUAUAGAUUGCAAAAUAGUUGGGAAGAGAUCUUUGACGUACCGAUCCCAUGGCAUAGUGUUUAUGAACUGACACGCAAAACGACACCGGAUUCAAAAAUUAGAAUCUUUCAAUUUAAAUUAUUAUAUAAAAUUCUUGCUACCAAUAGAAUGUUAUUUAUAUGGGGGAUACAAUCUUCCCAGCUCUGCAGAUUUUGCUGUGAAGAGACAGAAUCAUUAGAUCAUUUGUUUUGGUUCUGUCCAUUUGUAGCUUGUUUUUGGACACAGGUCCAGGAAUGGCUAAAGGAUUGCAAUAUUUACCUGGAACUAACCUUGCAGAUAGCAUUACUGGGUGAUCUGAAAAGUCAUAGUCAAUCAAUCAAUAAUAUAAUAAUACUUUUAGCAAAAAUGUUUAUUUUUAAUUCACAAUCUGUAGAAGCAAUGAGAAUAGAAAGGUUCAGAACUUUUGUAAAACAUCACAGUACGGUUGAAAUAUAUAUGGCAAAUAGAAAUCCUAUAUGGAUGGUGUUAAGAGAUAGAUGGGAGGUAUUGAAUAGAGUUGAAGGAUGGGACUAAUAACAAAUAACAACAAAUAAUAACAAAGAUAGCUAAUAAUGUAAGCAUACUGUGUCCAUAAUAAGUAUAUAGGUUGUAUGUUGGGAGCUUUUGGGAAAGAGCACAGUUAGAAAGAUAUGGCAUUUAGAAGCAAACCGGAUGGACAUCAUGAAAAUGAUCGGAGAGGUUGAGAGUAGAAGAAGUUCAGGAGCAAAAAAAUAAUAAAUAAUAAAUAAAUAAAUAAAUAAAAAAAUAUAUAUAUAUAUAUAUAUAAUAGAAUUAUUGUAAAAUUAACUCUGUCCAUAAGGUGUAGAUAGUAAGUAUAGACCGGAAGUAGAGGCCUAGGCAUUGUUGUUCACUAAUUUACUCCAAGUAGGGAAAGGAUGGUGGGGUUGAAAAGUAAUAAAGGGGAAUAUAUAUAUAAAAAUAAAUAAAAACAUGGGGGAUUGGAAGUGAUGCAGACAAUUACAUUGAUAGAAGAUACAAUCUAUCUGCAAUAUUAAGCUGAUCCAUUCCCCCUCCCCCAAAAAAAGAAAAAAAUUAAAAUUAAAUAAAAAAAUAUAAAAAAAAUAAGAAAAUAAAAAUAAUAAUAAAAAAAAGGCUACCAAAACACGCAAAUCCAUCCUUUUAGAAACGGAAACGCUCCUUUUUAGAAACCUGCAUGCCAAGUAUAGACCAUAUAUUGUGUUCCCUACAGGUUAUAGAAAAUAGCAGAAGCUCUGAACUAUCCAUUCAGACCCAAGUCCUACCUACCUACAGGUUAUAGAACAUUUUUCUCCUUAAGGAGAAAGCCUCCCCUUCUAUGUCAAAGAUAAUAAAACAAUAACACUACAGUAAAUAAUACAGUAAUGGCCGCAAAAACACUGUAGUAAAUGCUACAGUAUACUACCAUCUGCAAAAACACGACAUUAAGUACUAUAGUAUAUACUACAGUUUUAAUUUACUACAGUAUUUAUACUAUAGUUAACUGUAUAAACUACAGUAUGCUACAGUAAAGUCUGCAAAAAAACGCUACAGUGAAUACUAUAGUAUUUAUACGAUAGUAUACUAUAGUAUUUUUUCAUGUUGGCAGAUAAAGUGUUUGAAAUGAUUUUUCACAUAUUUGAAACCCAGGUCUGCUGCAUGCAUACUAGGGAAAGAUGGGAACUGUCAUAACUUCCGCCGAGGCUGCCCCCCCCUCCUGGUUCGGGCAGGCUUCGACGUUCGUCGUCACCAGAGUACUAGCUACUGCCGAUCCCAUUCUCAUCACUCCACUUGUCAUGUCUUGUCAAUCACACACACCUGGUGCUCAUUCUCCUAAUUAGUAUGUGUAUAAGUGUUCCGUCUGUUCCCCUUGUCUUUGUGAGUGAUUGUUUGUUGUGAGAGCGUGUAGCUCGGUUGAGCUACUAUUCACUGUGUUUAUGCCAAGGUGGAUGUUUUCCCUUGUAAUAGUUUCGUUUGACACUUUGAGCGUUUGAUUUAAGUAAACGGAAUAAACUCUGGACUUCGGUAUUUUACCUCCUGCGCCUGACUCCUUCAUUCACACCUCGUCACAGGAACUGCUAGAAAGCAUACAGAUGUGUAUGGUUUGAUUUGAAUUGAUUUCCCAGCCUAGUUAUAUUUCAAAUGGAAAUCCAGACUGUUUCUCUAAGAUUCUGUCUGGACAUUGGUCUGACUGUGUGUUAUUGUUUGUCUGACAGAAGCACAGUGAGGCGCUACCCCUGUAUGAACAGGCUCUGAGAGUGUAUGAGGACAGUCUGAAACGCUCACACCCACAGGUCAGAGAUACGCUGAAGAACCUAGCUGUAAUCAGGUGAAUGCACACACACAUACAUGGAUGCAAACACACAUACCAUCUUAUUGUUAAUACAUACUGUACAGUACUAUGAGCUGAACGACUAGUUUUAUCAUCAUUGUCAUCAACCCCAUAUCUCUUUAUGAACCUUGUUUUCUCUCUUCUCUGUCCAUCUUCCUCUCCUCCCUCCUCCCUCUCUUUCCCACAGCUAUGAGGAGGGGAACUUUGUGAAAGAAGCAGAGCUCUACAAGCGAGCCAUGGAGAUCAAAGAGGCAGAGCCGUCUCUGGUGUGUGUGGGAAAUCCCAGUCUCGACACUCAUCCAGUGGGCAUAGCUGCGGGAUGUAGAGGUGCUGAGGGUGCACCCCUCUGA